AUGUCGCAAUCACAGGUAGCGAAUCCAGCUGCUGGUCCUAGAAAGGACCUCAGCAGGAAACCGAGACCGACUGCCUACUCACCCGACAUGGACAAACCCAGAGUGUACAGUCUUGCAAGAAUGCGAGAAAUUGAUGAUUGGAAGAAUGAACUAUUUUUCACAUAUCGGAGCUUUUCCUACAGUGGAGUUGUUGAGAUGAAAACUUUCUUCGUGAAGGAAUAUGACGAAAUGGAAAAUUUUCUCAAUGCAAUUGAUGACGGGAACAUUCACAUUCUCAAAGCAACCGCGCAUACUGUCCAUCUGUUCUAUACCAGCGACUUUCGUGAGAUAUGCCAAAGUCUUGGCUUCGCGCCCUGGAUCUCAACAGAGUCAGAUCACAACGUCCUCAGAGGACUAGGACGGCGGGUCUAUGAUUCGCAUUACGAUAUCUGGUUCAAUGUCCCAAUAGUAAAGCUACGCAUGGGCGAUGACUAUGAUCCCGUGAUAGAGUACAACCAAGAGCUCCCUACGCUCAGGUUUGAGACAGAACUGGGAUCUAGCCAUAUGUUUGCAGAUUCAGCCUUUUUCUAUCUCAGCCUCAACACCGAGAGCAAACAGGCGCGUAUUGUAUACUCAAGCACAAUACCAGCUGACGAGAGAAUGAUUGCAAUAUCAGAGAGUUCAACGAAUUUGGGCCUUCGACAUGAUCCUUUCUCUUUUCUCACUUGUGCGCUGAGUUCUAUCCUGCAAGAUCAGGGGGCGAACGCACAUCCUUUCUCCACAGCUAUCAGCGAAAUGGAGCACUACAGCAACUCUCUCAAAUACGAGAUUGUAGAUGGCGAAGAGACCAAAGCCAAGGAGACAGCGAUUCAACUCAAGAUCUGUCUCCCAUAUAUGGAGAAAAUCUUGGAGUUCGUCGAAUGCAUGAUUCACAUCAUUGAGGAUACCAUUAGCGAGCACAGAGAAUGCAGAGAUUUACUACCAAUACCUCAACGUCACUACCUUCAUGUAAAGAAGCAUCUCCAGACUCUACGCUCACAAGCGAUGUCUUUCAAGAGUUAUCAAGAGACGCGUAUAAGAAGAGUGAACACCUGCUUGUCAACGCUUUCAUCCGUGCUGAGCCUCAGAACAAAGUGCGCCAUCAAGGUUAGCACCGAGGCAACGACGAGGUUGACUAAAGCGAACCGGGAAGAUAGCAUUCGAAGGAAUGAGAUUCGAGUUGCUAUGAAGCUUGAUAGUGAGGACAUGAAAACUAUUGCCAAGCUCACCAUGUUUUAUCUCCCCUUGACAUUUGUGGCCACUAUUUUUAGUAUGGGAAUCUUCAAUUUCGACUUUGAUGACGGUAAAAACGGGCGUCUUGUCAUGUCUAGCCAAUGGUGGAUGUACAUCGUCUUCGCCAUCCCUCUCACUCUGGGGACGUUUUACUGGUUCAGGGCAGUCACAAGAUCGCAUAAACAGGCGAGCCAGAAAGCAGAACGCGAGGCCAAGCAGCCUGAAUGA